AGAUUGGACGGGGAGCGGCACAGCCAGCGGAGAACCAAUCAGUGUGGGCCACGGUAAGAUUUUGUCGCCCUCUCUUCUAGCGCUGCGCAUGACAAGAAAUUGGAGAGGUGCAAAGAGAACCAUGAGACUUUUACUUGCUCUGUUGGGGUGUUCCCUGGUCUUUAUGGUCCAAGGCUUCUACUCUGCUAGCGAUGAUGUGGUUGAACUCAACCCCUCCAACUUCAACCGGGAGGUUCUUCAGAGCGACAGCCUAUGGCUCAUCGAAUUUUACGCACCAUGGUGUGGCCACUGCCAGAGUCUGACUGCUGACUGGAAGAAAACAGCUACAGCCUUGAAGGGGAUCGUUAAGGUCGGUGCGGUGGACGCCGACCAGCACAACUCCCUGGGUGGCCAGUACAGUGUCAGAGGCUUCCCCACCAUCAAGAUCUUUGGUGCCAAUAAGAACAAGCCCGACGAUUACCAAGGUGGGCGCAAUAGCCAGGCGAUUGUGGACGGGGCCCUGAAUGCUCUUCAAACUCUGGUGAAGGACAGGAUGAGUGGCAGGUCGGGUGGCUCUGACUACAGUAGACAGAGUGGUGGUGGUGGCGGCGGCAGUAAGAAAGAUGUUGUGGAGCUGACCGACGACAACUUUGACCGGCUGGUUUUGAACAGUGGUGAAGUGUGGCUAGUGGAGUUCUUUGCCCCCUGGUGUGGCCACUGCAAGAGCCUGGAGCCUGAGUGGGCGGCUGCAGCCUCGGCCGUCAAGGAGCAGACCAAGGACAAGGUCCACCUUGGAGCAGUGGAUGCCACCGUGCACCAAGGUCUGGCCAGCCGCUAUGGGAUCCGUGGAUUUCCCACCAUUAAGAUCUUCAAGAAGGGGGAGGAGCCUGAGGACUACCAGGGGGGGAGGACCCGAGGUGACAUCAUUGCCGGGGCUCUGGACCUGUUCUCCGACAAUGCAGCUCCUCCGGAGCUGCUCGAGAUCCUUAAUGCAGAUGUCCUGAAGAAGACCUGCGAUGAUUACCAGCUCUGUGUCAUUGCUGUGCUGCCCCAUAUCCUGGACACAGGUGCAGCAGGCAGGAAUGGCUACCUGGAGGUGAUGAUGAAGAUGGCAGAGAAGUACAAGAAGAAGAUGUGGGGCUGGCUGUGGACUGAGGCUGGUGUUCAGAUGGAGCUGGAGGCGUCACUGGGCAUUGGAGGGUUCGGCUACCCUGCCAUGGCGGCCAUCAACGCCCGCAAGAUGAAGUUCGCCCUGCUCAAGGGCUCGUUCAGCGAGACUGGCAUUCACGAAUUCCUCAGGGAUCUGUCUGUAGGCCGCGGCUCCACUGCUACCGUCGGGGGCGGAGCUUUGCCUAAUAUCAACUCUGUCGAAGCCUGGGACGGCAAAGACGGAGAGCUUCCCGUGGAGGAUGACUACGACCUGAGUGACGUGGACCUAGACGACAUCUUUGACAAGGACGAGUUGUGAGCCCAGCGUUCCGGUUUGACAACAUCUUGUCUGUCUGGUCUACCUCUGCGUGGCCAGUCUCUCCUCUCCCGUGGAGCAAGUUGGAGACUGGGUCACCCUGUUACUGAAAUACCCCAGAAGAUAAAAUUCAUUUAAGAGAGUGUGGCCCUGUUGAGAAAUGCAUUCUUCCCUCUGUUUCCUUCAGGUUAACACAGAUCUAUAAGUGAUUAGAGAGGUGUUAGGAAGCUUACCACCCGUUUACUUUCAUCAGUCCAACAAAUUCAGAUCUGUGAGUACUUCAAAGAAGGUUGAAAAGACGCAAGGAUGCAUUACUGAAGUAAUUGAACCACAGGAGGCUGCUGAGGGGAGGUUGGCUCAUAAUAAUAGCUGUAACGUUACAACCAUGUGUUUGAGUUGGAUACCAUUCGACUUCUAACGUUCCAACCAUUACUGUGAACCCGUCCUCCCCAAGUUAGAUGCUACCAACCUCCUGUGAAUUGAAUCAGAAAGUCACCUGUGCUUCUCACAUCGGCUGAGUUCCACUGCUUAGAUAUUGCAACGCCUGGAUAGGUAAAAUUCUUAUGAGCUGUCGAUGUCUGUAAGACUCCGCCUCACAGACCUGCUGAAUAUUAGUCACUGCAUUAAUUAUGCAGGCCCUACCUUUUUGGAAAGAGUUGAGGGUUUUCUGGAUAUGGCUGUCCAGUUGGAACAUUCCUUUCUGCAACCGUCCCCUCUUCCUUGUUUCGCCACUCUGACGUCAAGCUAAUCAGACAUGGUUGUAUUCGAUUUCACUUUCAUGCCCGGCCUGAUGUGACUAUAUAUAUUUGGGGGAUUUCGUAUUUUUAUUUUAUUCUGUCGGUGAGAACGUUGGUGUCUGUGCAGGACAAAGGGCAAUACCGUGGGACUUCUUGUUUUUCUUACAAAACUUUAUUUCGAUUGUGUGAAAACAAAAUGACAUUUUUGUUACAAAAUAAAAAGAGAAUACUGUUUCAUCAUUA